AUGUCAUUCAAUGCGAAGAACCUUGCCUACGAGGCCAAAGAACCGGCUUUUCUACAGAAACUAAAGGGCCAAUACGGCGAUACAUCUGGCCGCCUCCAACAACCCAUCUCCCGACCCCGUCGACCGAAAGAUGACAACGGUGAUGAUGACGAGCCCACGUAUGUCGAUGAAGAAAGCAACGAAGUAAUCUCCAAGGAAGAAUACGAGGCUUUGGUUCGCGGCGGUGCCCCGAAAGAAGACGAGUCAUCUGAAGAAAAGACAGUCAACAAAAAAGACCCGUCUGGGGCCGACGAAGGGACCCAAUCGACGACCGAGAAGGAUGGGCCAUCGAAACAAAAUCUAGCUGAAAUCGGAGGACAAAAGAAGCGGAAACAGGUUAAGGUCAUUGGUGAAGAUAAGCCUGAGGCAGAGAACGAGGAACUGCAGCCCAAAGAACCUGCAUCUCGAAAACCCAAGCAGAAAAAGAAGAAAAUAAAGCUCUCGUUUGAUGAGACAUGA